UUAAUGCUUUGUAUUUGUUUUAAUUUAAAAUGUUUUAAAUUUUGUGAGCAGCCUUAAGUCCUUGUACUGGGAGGAAGGCAGGAUAAACAAAUAAUCUAGUCUGGUCUCUUCUGCCAUGCAGGAAUACACAGCCACAGCACUUUUGGAAGAUGCCCAUCGGACCUCUGCUUAAAGACCUCCGAAGAAGGAGAACUCACCAUCCUCCGAGGGAGUCCAUCUCCAUUGCCAAGCUGCUCUUAUCCUCAGGAUAAGGUUUCUAAGGUUAAGCCAUGCCCCGUGGCAGCAGCCUCCGUGCCGCCCCUUUCCAGGGCCUUUCUGCUCUCUCGGCUUACCUGGGCUGGACCCACCUGGCCAAGCGGCUACUCAGCUGGCUGGCUGUUGCCUCCCAGGCCAUCUGGAGCCUUUGCCCAGGUCUCUGGAGAAGGCCUGGCGCCAGGCAGGCCCUUCCCGAACCCUGGCAGAGCUGCCCCGAACUGAGGGUCUACAGGGGAGGAGGAGGAGAUGGUGAUGGAGGAGCCGCACUGUUCACUGUCUACACAAACCCAUACAGCUUCCAGGUGGAUCUGGCCCACCUGGCCACUAAGAGUGCCUAUUUCGCAGCUCUCUCGCGAUCCCGCAUGCAGGAGGCUUCUGAAAGACGGCUGGACUUGGAGCACGUCCCUUCAGCCUCCUUCCAUGCCAUCCUGGAGUGGGUUUUCUUUGGACGCUUCAGCCUAGCAGAAGAGGAUAUCUUGCCAGCUGUGCAGAGUGCCAGCUAUUUGCUGUUUUCUGGCUUCCUGGAUCGGUGCCGGGUGGCACUGAGACCCUGGCUGGAUCCCCAAAACUGCCUGUCUUACCUACACUUUGCAGAGAUCAUGGCCUGCCCCAAACUAAGGGCAGAAGUGUGUCAGUUCCCGAGUGCCCACCUGUUGGAGCUGGCACUGCCCGUCACUGGACAUCUGGACCUGAAGCUACAGGAGGAAUUGGCCCAGCUGCGCCUGGCAGGCCCACCUCAGCUCUGCAUCCUACGAAAAGAGAACAUCGCCCCGCAGGACCCCAAGAAGCCCCUGCUGGGCCUCUACCACCGGCCCUUGUUCCCUGAGGAGGGCGACUGGCACUGUGCCACCCAGCUGCCCUUCCAGGCAGAGAAGUGGAGCUUGAGCACUGCCCAGCUUCUCAACUACCUCUUCAGCCUGGGGGGCUACCGGGAGAGGCGUGGGGCAAGGGGUUUUGCCUUCCGCGCGGUGGCCUCACGCUACAAUCCCCUGACUGGCACAUGGAUGCCCAUCGCAGCCCCCAGAAAGCGUCGGCGCCACUUCAGCACAGCCGUGGAGGGGCACCACAUCUACGCCAUCGGCGGCUGGUACCUGGACUCCCUGCUGUCCCACGACAGCACCACCUGCUUGUACAGGGCAGUGGAGCGCUAUGACCCCUGGACGGACAGCUGGGCCUUCGUCUCCUCCCUGCCCAUGGGGGACUUCUCCUUCACCGUCUCCUUAUCCCAUGACCUGCCCCUCUGCACAGCCCACGACGGCUUCGUCUAUGCCUUGGGCAGCAUCCAGCGCACCGGAGAGAAACUCCUGCUUUGCUAUGAUGUGGCUGCAGAUACCUGGCAGGAUUGCUGCCCACUUUUUGAGACGCGUGCGGAUGCUGACUGUGCCCGGGCCUCUACUUCCUGGGCGGCACAGAGCCACUCUAUAAUGUGUCGGGGGCAACACUCAGGACAACGUUGUGGUCGUCCUUCAACCGGAGCCACCGCAAUGGGGUCCGGUCCGUAUCGCUGCCCAACCAUCAAGGAACAUUUCAAGCAACCUAACACGGACUCAAGCCUGACCCCCAAGGGCUGCUUCGAACCGGCCAUUGGCCAGCUGGCCAAGGGGACGGGUUCCUCUGCAACGCACCUCCAAGGCGUAGCAGGGGCCAGGGGCAGCGAUCAAGGCCGGCCCCGCACGCCUUCCUGGCCCUUUAGAGGCUGGACCCUUAAAGGCCGGGAAGAAGAAGGAUUGAGCCGCCGGCUUCCCUCUCUUCCUGGUCUUGGCUCCGAGUAUGCCCAGUGCCGCUUUGAGGCCUAUUUCCACCAAAAAGCCCUCUGCCAGUGA